AUGAAAUUUAGUGCUUGGAAACUGCCCAGAGACUACGAAAAGGCCAAUUUGUUGAACGAUAAUGUUCGAUUCAUACCAAAUGGCAGUGAUGAGGUGGAAACAGGCGAUGGUGUAUGCUUGUUACCGAGAUUGAUCAAAAUACGUUAUGAUCCAUUGAAACUAUUAAAUAAUUUUGAAUUGUCGUCUUCAACUGUACAAGAUUAUCUGAACACGGAUAUCAGUUACUUAGAUGAGGAAUUGCUGCGGCCUGUAAAUGAAAUAUAUUAUCGUGCAGUAUACCCUUACAAGAAAGAUUAUAUGAUAAAACGUACAACGCCAACUUUACAAGAUAAACAAUUUUUCAAUGACCUAUUAAUACAAUCAAACUUAUCAAGAUUCUUCAAUGCGAACAUAUCACUCACAUUUCCACAGGCCCUUUCUAAGAUUCCUAAAAAUUCAAAACUCAUGAUAAAACCCAUUAAGGCAUCAAACGUAAAGUACAUUUUUAUCAAUAAUAGCGAAAUCAGGACUCUAUAUCCAAGUCCGUUCCCAGAACAUAUCAAUACAAACCAAAUUGUGCAUAUUUGUGAAAAUUGUUUGAGCUACUUCUCCUCAAGAUUCACCUAUAACAGGCAUAGGGUUAAAUGUCAAGGCAAGAAGCCCUGUGGAACAGAGAUUUAUAAAGAUGGCUCUUUAUCAAUCUUUGAAAUAGAUGGACGCAUAUUCCCAAAAUAUUGUAAAAAAUUGUGCCUACUAUCGAUUUGUUUUUUGAAAUCGAAAACUCUAUAUCAUGAAGUGGAACCGUUUAUAUUUUAUUCACUUUAUGUGGACGAUAAUUUUGUAGGCUACUUUUCAAAGGAAAAAUUAAACUCUACAGACUAUAAUUUAAGUUGUAUACUGACACUGCCGACAUUCAGAAGAAUGGGGUACGGUAAUCUAUUAAUGGAAUUCUCAUAUCUAUUAUCAAAGAGGGAAUUCAAGUUGGGCACUCCUGAAAAACCACUGUCUGAUCUUGGUUUAGUAACUUACAGAAAUUUCUGGAAGUGUAAGAUUGCUGAAGUACUCAUUGAUUUAAGGAAUGAGUUUGGCGAUUCCUUUAAUGUAACAUUAGAAGAAAUUGGUUCGUUGUGUGGGUUUCUACCAACUGAUGUCAUAUUUGGUCUUGAACAAUUGAGUGUUCUAUAUCGAAGAAGUGAUAGUUUCAUGAUAUACGUGGAUAACUGGACAAGAAUUGAAAAAAUAAAUGAAAGGUGGAUGAAUAAAAAUCGACAGUCAUUAAAAGUAGAAAACCUAAUAUGGAAACCCGUAAUCUUUGGACCUACUUCUGGUGUUAAUGCUGUCAAUUACAACAUGGUUGAGCCGCUAAGUAGUAAUAUUGAUUUUGAUUUUUUCAAUAAUAGUAUCUCUGAACUAGUAAAUUUCAUGAGUGACGAUAUUAAAGAAUCAAGAGACAUUGAGGUGACGACGAUGGAAAAGAUAAGGGAGAAAAAUGGUACCGGUGAAAAAUCGGCAGUGGAUAUAGAGGAUGGAUGGGAGCUAUGCUUCAAAGACAAGGCAACUCUGACACAUCCAAUAACUUCCGCUCCAAAGAGAAACAUCCCAAAGGCUGUUGUAGAAGAGCUUCCUGGUCUUCUGGAUGAGGUGAUAGAUGAUAGGAGUGACGAAGACAAACCCGAGGAAGCGAUUGAAGAUGAGGAUGAAGAAUACAAGGAAGAUGAGAUGAGCGGAGACGAUGUUGAAGAUGAAGAAGCUGAAGAAGAGGAUGUCUUUGAAGAAGAAGAAGAAGAAGAAGAGGAAGAAGAAGAAGAAGAAGAAGAAGAAAGAGAAGAAUCUCUGCCGAGCGAUACCAGUGACUCUGAAACUAGUUUUGUAUCAUUUGAAGAAUAG